AGCCGGAUUUAGGUGUAAACAAGGAAUGAGCAACGUGUUCCGGCAAUGGAUCGAUCUGUGAAGGCAAUAUUGUUUGAUUUGGACAACACGCUGAUUGAAACGAGUCGAGCCGGUGAAGUGGCGAUACAGAAGACCAGGGAGCUUCUGAAGACCACAUUGAACCUCGACGACGUGACCGCCGGCAGCAUUUGUGACAAGUUCAAGCAGAAGCUUCUGCGCGAGAGCUUCGACCCGUCUGCCGGCAGAUCCAUCGAUGAGGUCCGCGUGGGUCACUGGGAGGAGAGCAUCCGGGAGGCGGCGGGCAGCUGUUCCUCACCCUCUCUGGCAGCUGAGUGCUACGACCUCUGGAAGAAGAGCCGCCUGGAGGUCCUCAGCCUGUCCCCUGAAACGUGCUCCCUCCUGAAAGACCUGCGCAGAAGAUACAAGCUGCUGCUGCUGACCAACGGCGAAGCUCAGACCCAGAGAGAGAAGGUGGAGGCGGUCGGGUGCAAGGAGCUCUUCGACGCCGUCGUGGUCGGGGGCGAACACGCCGAGCAGAAACCGUUUGUCUCCAUCUUCAAGUUGUGUUUUGACAGGCUCGAGGUGGAGGCCCGGGACUGCGUGAUGGUGGGAGACUCUCUGGAUACAGAUAUUCAAGGGGGCUUUAACGCCAGAGUGCGGGCUACAGUUUGGAUCAGCAGUACAGGCGACGCCGUGCCAGACGGUUCAGUGAAACCAGACUACACCAUCCCCACUGUGCUGCUGCUGCCAGAUGUUCUGGCACAGCUGUAAUAACUGCUGAUUGAGGAGGACUGUCACUGUUAAUUAUGGAUACGUUUAAAAGGUGAAUGUCAGGAUCCUUUCCAACCUGUCAACAAGGGUUCUUUUUAUUUGUUUUAUGCAUUUUGCUGAAGAUUUUACACACUGACAUACUAGAUAUAGACAUAAAGAUGGACGACAUGACAGCUCUCUCCAAAAGUGAAGCCAAAAACGUCUCCAUCACCCCCUAUUGGCUGAUUGCAGUAUAGGUCCUAAAGCCUCCAUGUUAGCAGCAAGAAUUCAAGUACACGUCAUAUAAAUAAUUUCCAAAGAUGGUUUGUGGCAUUUUAGGUUUGGUUUUAAUUAGUUAUUUGAAGCUAUAAAAAGGGGGUUUCACAUCAUGAUUGUCAGCUGAGUCCUGUUACUCAUUACUGCACAGACCGGGAUAUUUUGGCUUCAUUUUUUGUACAGUGGGAGGAAGUGGAGACGCGGCGUUCAUCUUUUAUAUGUUAACUGUACUUUACUUGAAAUUUCAGUUUUCUGCUCCUUUUAUACUUUUACAUUUCAGAGGGAAGCACUGUUGUUUUUACUCCA